AUGGGAAGCCCCCUCCUCAGCCCGGACUCAUCUUGCCAAGAUGCCAUGCUCUCGGCCCCCGCCGCCUCCCCCGCCGACUCGGAGAGCCUGAGCCCUGACGAACUAGAGCUGCUGGCCAAGCUUGAGGAGCAGAACAGACUUCUGGAGGCGGACUCAAAGUCGAUGCGCUCGAUGAGCGGCUCGCGGCGGAACAGCGGCUCGUCCCUUGUGUCAAGCUCCUCUGCCUCGUCCAACCUGUCCCACCUGGAGGAGGACACCUGGAUCCUGUGGGGACGCAUCGUCAACGAGUGGGACGAAUGGAGACGCAAGAAGGACAAGCUGCUCAAGGAGCUGAUCCGCAAGGGCAUCCCACACCACUUCCGGGCCAUCGUGUGGCAGCUGCUUGGUAACGCCACAGACAUGCCAGUGAAGAACCAGUAUUCUGAGCUGCUCAAGAUGUCCUCGCCCUGCGAAAAGCUCAUCCGCCGGGACAUCGCCCGCACCUACCCCGAGCAUGAGUUCUUCAAGGGCCAGGACAGCCUGGGUCAGGAGGUGCUCUUCAACGUCAUGAAGGCGUAUUCUCUGGUGGACCGGGAGGUGGGCUACUGCCAGGGCAGUGCCUUCAUCGUGGGCCUGCUGCUCAUGCAGAUGCCAGAGGAGGAGGCGUUCUGUGUGUUUGUGCGUCUGAUGCAGGAGUACCGUCUGAGGGAGCUUUUCAAACCAACCAUGGCUGAACUAGGCCUCUGUAUCUACCAGUUUGAAUACCUGCUGCAGGAGCAGCUCCCGGAGCUGAACGUCCAUUUCCGUUCUCAGAGUUUCCACACCUCCAUGUACGCCUCCUCCUGGUUCCUCACUCUCUUCCUCACCUUCCUCCCCAUGCCCGUCGCCACACGCAUCUUUGAUAUCUUCAUGUACGAGGGUCUGGAGAUUAUAUUUCGUGUGGGCAUGGCCAUUCUGCAGUACAACCAGACUGACCUCAUCCAGCUGGACAUGGAGGGCAUGUCUCAGCACUUCCAGAAGGUGAUCCCCCACCAGUUUGACAGCUGCCCAGACAAGCUGAUCCUGAGGGCCUACCAGGUCAAAUACAACCCCAAGAGGAUGAAGAAGUUGGAGAAGGAGUACACCACAAUCAAGAACAAAGAGAUGGAGGAGCAGAUAGAGAUCAAGAGGUUACGCACAGAGAACAGGCUUCUGAAGCAGAGGAUUGAGACAUUGGAGAAGGAAAGUGCUGCUCUAGCAGACAGGCUGAUACAGGGUCAGGUGACGCGGGCGCAGGAGGCGGAGGAGAACUAUGUGAUCAAGCGGGAGCUGGCGGUGGUGAGGCAGCAGUUCAGCGUGACCAAUCAGAACCUGGAGAAAGCCCAGGACACCAUCGGAGAACUGCAGCGGGAGAAGGUAAGGAAUGAUCUGGAGUCAUACACAGAGCAGUUUGUGACCGGUCUGCAGACGCAGCUGGAGCAGUCCCGGCUGCAGGAGGCAGAGCUACUGGGAGCCCUCAAAGAGAUGCAGGACAAAGUACUGGACCUAGAGAAGAGGAGCAGCUCUCUGCCUGAUGAGAACAACGUGGCCCAGCUGCAGGAUGAGCUGAAGCUGGUGAAGCUCCGAGAGCUGGAGACACUGCACUCCUUCAGAGAGAUGCAGGACAUGGUGACCGAGCUCAACCAGCGCUGGCAGCUCCACAUGUCAAAAGGCGGCGGGGGUGGAGGUCACUGGAAGGAAUCCCCCAAGAAGAACGCCCUGAACGAGCUGCAGGACAAGCUGAUGGGGGUGCGUCUGAGAGAGGCCCAGGCCCAGGCUGAACUCAGGGAGGUCAAACUCCAAGCCAUACAGCUGGAGAGCCAGAACCAGAUUCACAGCAAGCUGAUUGGGCGCCAUGAGGUGGAGAGCGCCGCCAUGCAGGAGAGGCUCCAGCAGCUGGCGGGCCAGAACAAGGGGCUGCAGGCCCAGCUCACAGAGAUGAAGAGGAAACAGGCCGAGCUCGACUGCAAGAGUAAAGAGGAGGUGAUGGCGGUGCGCUUGCGGGAGGCUGACACCAUGGCCGCCAUGGCUGAGCUCAGACAGAAGAUGGCUGAGCUGGAGAUACAGAAGGAGGAGGGUCUGAUCCAGGGCCAGCUGAACCACUCUGACUCCAGGCAGUAUAUCACCCAGCUUCGAGACCAGAUCGGAGAGCUCAAGAACGAGAUCAGGCAGCUCCGCGGGCAGCGCUCCAAGUUCGCCCCUAGUUCCCGGGACGGGGGCGGGGGCUACCCGGAUCUGUGUCUAGCUAGCCCCUCGUCGGCCGGAGGCGACUACCUGAGCUCGGAUGAGGACCUUCUCCCCAGCCCCAUCCCCCCCAACGCCAUGUACCCCGCCCUGCCCCACCCCUCGGCCAGGCUGGACAGCGAGGGCAGCACCGACAGCGAAGCAGAGGCCCACCCGGACCACCCCCACCACGGCCCCUCGCAGCAGCUCUACACUAGCAUGGUGUGUGCUGAGGUUCUGGACAACUGA